AUGUCUGCAUUCGUCAAAUUUUUUUCAACUCUUAAGGAAUCGCGAAAUAUAGUCAGAGUCUUACUUAAACUCCCGAAUCACAUCAAUACUCAAGCAAAUAAAUUUACGAAUGAUGAUGUAAAAGCAAUGAGAGUACAAUUUCGACCAGCAUCUGAAAACCAUGUUAUUCCUAAUGAGAAAAUAGAAGAUUUCCCGGAGCAAUAUGUUUGCCCUCGAAUAAAUAGAAAAAUGCUCAAAGAUGAUGAUUUCAAUGUUGGAAAUAUUAGCGAUUUUUCCAAUAAGUCUGUUCAAACCUUCUUUGAUAAACUUGCUAUUGUCACGAGAAACCCACCAGGAAUACCCGAGUCCCGCACUGAUGAUUUGGUUGCUGAUCUGCUUCGUAUUGCCCGACUGAAUGAUUACCCUUUGAAGAUAGCACAACAACUACCAUGUAAGCUACACAUUUUCAACGAGCCUUAUGUUUCGGCAAAACCCGAAUUCGUGGUAACUAAGAAAGCGAUAUCUAUGAUUGUGGUAGAAGAUAAAACCUUACAAAACGUUGAUCCCAGAUUUAAUUUUGGGGAAAUGCAAAUUGCUGCCGAAAUACUUUCUUGUGGAGAUGAAAAUAUACGUAAUGUUAAAAAGGUUACUGAUCAGGUUUUAUUUGCCGUUCGUUUUAUCUCUACCUAUACUACAUUUUACAAGGCUGAGAUUUCUGCAGAAUAUUGGAGAGAGUUUGCGAAUGGUUUACCAAAAGAUAAUUCAGUUAUAAUUAAAAGAUGGCCUGCAGAAAAUGAUGAUAAAAGUGGUCUUGAUCUUGCAGACCCAGAUGGAAGGGAAGCUGUGUUAACUGCAUUAACUAAAAUUCGUCAAUAUCUUUUGAAAUAUUGUUACUAG